AUGUCCGAUAGCGAGAAAGAACUUACAGUUGAAGACACCAAUGUCUCCGACACAGAAUUGUCAAAGGAAGAAAGAUUAGAAGCAGCACGUAAAAAAUUUGAAGAAUUGAAAAAGAAAAAUAAGAAAAAGAAAUCCAAAAAGUCAAAAAAGAGUGAAACCACUGAAAUUGAAGACAGUGCUGAAGGAACACCUGCACCAGAAGACAAGCCAGAAGACAAAUCAGAAGAAAAAGCAGAAGACAAGUCAGAAGAUAAAGCAGAAGAUAAAAAAGACAGUGAUGUAAAAGAAGAUACCAAGGAAGCAAAAGAGGAAAUCACCGAAGAAACCAAGACCGAGAAAGAAGAUCAACCAAAAGUCUCUGAAGAAGCAAUUCCCGAGUCUCUGUCUCUGUCUCUAACAUCAGAGCUUGAAAAACAAGUUGAAGAGUUGAAACAAACAAUUGAACAACAAAAGUCAACCAUUAAAAAAUUACGUGAUGAAAACACCGAUUUGAAACUUUCCAAAAUGGAUUUAAAUGAUAAAAUACUGUCAUUGGAGUUGGAAAAUAAAAACUUGAAAGCUUUGACUUCUUCAGCAUCUUCUGUGCCCGGUGGAUCACCUAUAGCCACCUACAAAGAAACAUUUAAACCUGCAAAACCAGUUUUUACAAAAAACGAUUAUGCCUCGUCUUCACAACAAAGCUUUAGUAAAUCCAACGCAACUGAAGAUUUCAGAGAGAAAUUAAUGGUUUGGAAAGGUUGGCAGGUUGAUAUGACCAAUUGGAAUGGAAGUGGAGCCACCCAAAAGGUUGCCUUAUAA